UUGCCUCCUGUCACUUUGCUGUCAGGGAAUGAAUGUGAAUGGCUAGCCGACUGGUAGCUUUGGCAAUGUUGUCACUAUCAGAAUGAUAUCGCAGCGGGACAGAGGAGAACUGGCUCGGUUUUAUACUGUCACAGAUCCCAAAAAGCACCUGAAAGGCUAUACUGUGUACAAAGUCACCGCAAGGAUAAUCUCCAGGAAGAACCCAGAAGAUGUCCAAGAGAUAACCGUAUGGAAGAGAUACAGUGAUUUCCGGAAGCUUCAUCAGAACCUCUGGCAGCUGCACAAGAAUGUAUGUAGCCAGUCGGAGCUGUUUCCUCCAUUUGCCAAGGCUAAAGUCUUUGGUCGUUUUGAUGACUCAGUAGUUGAGGAAAGAAGACAGUGCUCCGAGGAUCUGCUGCAGUUCUCUGCUAAUAUCCCUGCUCUUUAUAGCAGUCAGCAUAUCCAAGAUUUUUUCAAGGGAGGGGAGGUCCACGACGGCUCGGAGCUCAUUGGACCAGCCGAGCCCUUUUCUGACUUCCUGGCAGACAGUUUAUCAGACUGCAGCUCUGACGUUCAAAGAGACCUCAGUGGUGCAGAUGAUUUGACUAUCACAUCUGAGUAUGGAGGCCCGUCCAGUGACAGCGACCUGACCUCCCUGGCUGUGGAUACAGACUCUUUGGCUGGGCUAGAUGAUGGCAUGGCCUCAGGCCGCACCUCCCCAAACCAGCCACAGGGGGGAGCCACCAACAUUGGCAGCAGCUGCAGCCCUCGCUUGCCCUCCCUGCACGGUCGCCGCACUCCAUCUCCUGCUCCAGUCCCUGCCUCCUCAGCCCCAAACCCAGAGGUCAGCUGGUCAGGCCGAACGCCACUCUUUUCCGGCAGUCUGAAGAAAGCCAGUGGUGGCAACCCGAAGGACGUGAAGUCAGACUACCUAGACAGAGCCAGUGAGCUCAUCUGUUUGGCUGUACAGAAGGAGAAAGAGCAGGACUUCCAGGCAGCUUUCUCCUGCUAUCGUAGCGGAGUGGACCUGCUGCUGCAAGGAGUGCAAGGUGAGCCCAGUCCCACGCGGCGAGAGGCAGUGAAGAAGAAGACUGCAGAGUAUCUAAUGCGUGCAGAACAGAUAUCCAGUCAGCAUCUGAGAAGCAACAUGGGUCAAGGGUCAACACAGACAGUGGCUUUGGGGGCACAGUGCUGCCCAUCCACCAGCAGAGGAGGCCAGCAGAGUCCGUCCGAGGAGCUGAGAGCUUACAGGGUGUUGGGGGUGAUAGAUAAGGUUCUUUUGGUCAUGGACAAGAGAACACAAGAGAUGUUCAUCCUGAAAGGUCUGAGAAAGAGCAGUGACUGUGGGCAGACUAAGAGGACAAUCAUGCCUCACUCUGUGCCGCACAUGGUGCAGCUGAGAAAGUUCAUUGUCUCUGAAGACACAGUUUUCCUUUUGCUGCAGUAUGCUGAAGGUGGUAAGCUGUGGUCUCACAUUGGAAAGUACCUGCGUAAUUCCAGCCCAGAAGAGAGCUUUGACAUUCCUUUCAUCCAGAAGAGCCACACAGCGGCUGUACACUCUCCACAACAUGCUGUACCACAGCUGGAUGUAGGUUCAGCCAGUUCUGGUUCUGGGCCGGUUGCUUGUUCUGAUUCUGUCUCAGGGCUUCAGAACAAAGGGGAGAAAUUCAUUGUGUCUCCUAAGAAAAGCGUUCUCCCUCCCAGGCUUAUCGAACAAAUUGGUGCCCAGUCAGACUCUGGAGCCACGUCUGAGGAAGAGUGCACCAACAGUUAUUUGACACUUUGCAAUGAGUAUGAACAAGACAAAGUAGAACCAGAUGCACUAGAAGAAGAGAAGGAGGAGGAGGAAAAGAGUGAACAUGAAAUGCUGUCCCUGGAAGUGCCCAUUGCGACCACCACUACUUCCUCGCGUAGCCGCUCACUGCUUAGCAAUGACAGCCUAUCACCUAUCAGCUCUCAAGAACUUGGCUUUUUUACCGAGUCAUCCGACAAAAGUGGCCACACUCUUGACAAUGAGCAAUACCGCGGCGAGGGACAGGACCACAGUGAAGUGUUCAGUCCUUUGCCCUCACCUGCUGUGCCUCUGUCUUUGGAUCAGUCCAAGCACACGCCAAUGGAGUUUUUCCGUAUUGACAGCAAAGACAGUGCAAGUGAGGUGACAUGUCUUGACUCUCAUAAGCCAGUUCCCCUCUUUUCUACAUCAGACCUGGGCUCUGAGGAUCUUCCAGAGCUGGCUCAGGAGGUCAAGUACCACAGCUCGGAGCUUUGGGAGUUGGACUGUAGCGAUAAAGGCUCCAAUGAGUCAGUGCCAGUCAUCUCUUUUAAAGAGGCAGUAGUGGAGGAUGAGGGACACCCACCAGACCUUUUGGUCAACCUGCCUAUAACGGGUGGGACUGUAGACUCUUUACAGGAAGAAUUAGACACUUCGGGGGGGUUUGUGGGCCUCGAGGCCACAGCCUCUCCUCAGAAGUUCAUUCAGCCUGAUGUUUUACAGCUUCCCGUUCACCCUGAGGAAGAGGAGGAGCAGCUGUUGGAGCAGGACCUUUCAUCUUUAUGUACAGCCUCUGCAACAUAUGACACCAGUGUUGCAUCUUCCUCUCCCUUCAACUCACUAUGGGAUGACUGCAGCGUGGCGUUUGGGCAAGAAGCCUCUGACAAAAUGGUGGUUCAUUCUCCAUGCCAAAAUAAUGAACUUCCCCUUGACCUUCCAGUUACUGAUCCUCUAAAUGAUAAACCAGAGGCCAGUACAAGAGUAAAUACAGACUUAGUUCCAGACCCCAGUAGCAACAGCACAGGCUCUAUCCCCGCCACAAAUGGGACUAAGGCAUGCACAGUGGUUGAGAGUUUAUUGGGUCUUGAUGGUGAAUCAAGAGUUAUUAGCACUACAGGUGGCAGCGAAUUUGAUAAAGAAGUAUCGCGGCUGUUUGCAGAGCUGGACGAGCUGUCGUUGGCUGCAUCCCAAGCUCGUAUCCCGGAGGAGUUUGUCCGAUGCUGCGCGGUAGAGAUAGUUAAAGCCCUGGAUUGUCUGCACCAAGAGGGCGUCAUCUGUCGAGACCUGAACCCCAACAACAUCCUGCUCAACCACCAAGGUCAUGUUCAGCUUACCUACUUUUGUAGCUGGAAUGAUGUGGAGGAGUCCUGUGACAAAGAGGCCAUUGCCAAUAUGUACUGUGCACCAGAGGUGGGAGGUAUCAGUGAGGGGACCGCAGCAUGCGAUUGGUGGAGUUUGGGCGCCGUCCUGUUUGAGCUCCUGACAGGCAUGUCUCUGCUGCGGUGCCAUCCAGCGGGAAUUGGUCGCCACACUGCUCUCAACAUCCCCGCGUCUGUUUCAGAGGAGGCCAGAUCUCUGCUGGAGCAGUUGCUCCAGUACAACCCAAUGGAGAGACUGGGGGCAGGUGUGGGAGGCGUGGAUGAUAUCAAAUCCCACCCUUUCUUUGCCAGAGUGGACUGGUCCAAAUAGACGCUGUGCAUUGUGGGACUGCGGAAACCAGAGCUGCAUCCUGGGAGACUGUCUGUCCUGAAUGAAUCCCUUUCAGGCUCACAUAUAGAUAUACAGUAAAUAUGCAUUUCUGCACACAUCACCCAUUGUUUUGCCACAAAGCAGUAUUACCUUCCUUGUAAAUUGCUCAUUUCUUUAUCUCAUAGAGGAUUUACUGUCUAACCUUUUGGUGCAGGGAACACGUAACAACAUGUGUGGUGCAAUAAUUUAUACAGUGAGUGCUGGUGCUGAGUUAUCAUCCACUACGACAUUGUUGCUUUUACAUAACUCAUACAGUAGCUGUACGCCAAAAUGAGUGAGAGGAUUUUUUUUGGAGGACAUUUUUUAAACUGACGCAGACUUAGGUAAGCGUUCCUGAAGACACGUGCAAUACACAGUUUGUUGCCACCUAUAACAUUUUUAUCAUUCCUCACUGAGUCCCUUUAGAUUAGCUGGAAGUGAGACGGGUUGAGCUUUUUUAUGUUGCUCUGAUAUAGAAACAGAUAUAUCUCAUUUCCUACAACACUUUUUUGCCAACCAGCACCCACAUACAAUAAAAGAGAGACACUAUACAAGGUGAAUAAACAAAAUAUUUUUAGAUAGGAGAUGGUUUUGUUGUUGAGUGAAGUAUUUAGUUGUAUGAGGAUUGAAUUAUUUAAUAGAUUAAAGCUGAAAAAAAAGGGGGCCUUCUCCCUCCAUGAGUAGUGAGUGUGUAUCAUUCAUUCAAGAAAGAAAGAAAGAGAAGGAUGGAGGGCUUGACCCACACAUUUAAAACCAGCCCUUUUACAGAUAGUUGUUUUUAUGAAUAACAGAGGAAACUCUGUACUGUACAACACUGCAUUUUUUGCAUGGUCGAAUAUGAUUUAUGUAAUCUAUUUAAUACUAUGAUAAAUCUACUGAACAAUAAAUAUUGUGCGUCUUAUAAAUAUACCUUUUUAAAGGAUGUUGUGCUGAGUGAACGGUACACCCAGAUCUCAAAGCCUUGAUUAUGUCCAACUUUUCAAUCACUCACUGCCUCAGCAAUCAGAUCCUUUUUAUUUGAUUGUGUUUUAUUUCUGAGCAUCACAUCUGCUAACUUGCCGCACAGAUCUUAAUGCUGAUUUAAUAAUAUCUAUAAUAGUCUACAAUGAUAAUAUCUAUAUGGUAAACAUUGCCAUGGUUACAUUACAUGCCAUAUAUCACUUCUUGUUUAAACAAAUGAGACUUUUGAGAAUUAUUGGAGCAUAUACAGUAUAUCAAACACAUUGCAAUAUCAAACGCAUUGUAAUACAUUUCUCUAACAAAACACAGAUAAUCACACCACUGUAGAUGCUGCACUCUGUUGUACUCCACUGCGGUAUGCUACAUGUUAACUGACAGAUACUGUCCAUAUUCCACCUAUUAACCUUUUUUAUCAGACUUAAACAUCACAGUAAGAUCACAUUUUCUUUUUUCAGUUUUCUAUUGAAUGCUCACUCUUGUCUGUGCUGUAUGUCUGUACUGGUCUGUCAGUGCACUCUGGAAAACAAUAAACAUACCUGGAUAAGAACAUCUAGUGAUUACGUGUAA